CAGCUCACCACAAAGUAAUAAAGAAAUAUAGAAACGUAUUAGUAAGAAUGAGUAAAACAUAUAAAAACCAUUUGAAAAUAUCUAUAUGGGCACAACGUGACAGCAACAAAGUCGUCUAUUCUGAAUACGUGAUCCCAGGCUAAAUAGACCAAAGGAAAAUAAGAUCAAAACAGCCCUCCUUUGUGUUUUUUCUUCAACUCUCCCCCCUCUUUUCCCCCAUUCCCUUCAUUUUGAUCUAAUCAUCAAACCCUGGUUUAGAUUUCCAUCUCAACAAAGAAGACAUGGCUAACUCGGCAUCUGGGAUGCAUGUAAAUGAUGAAUGCAAGGUCAAGUUUAUGGAGCUGAAAGCAAAGAGGACUUACAGGUACAUCGUGUUCAAGAUUGAUGAGAAGGCUCAAGAAGUUCAAAUCGAAAAGCUUGGGAAUCCACAAGAGACUUACGAUGAUUUCACAAACUCCAUCCCGGAGAAUGAAUGCCGAUACGCAAUCUAUGAUUUUGAUUUCACCACCGAGGAUAACUGCCAGAAGAGCAAGAUCUAUUUCAUUGCAUGGUCACCUGAUACUUCAAGAGUACGUAGCAAGAUGUUGUAUGCAAGCUCAAAGGAUAGGUUCAAGAGAGAAAUGGAUGGAAUCCAAGUUGAGUUGCAAGCAACUGAUCCUAGCGAGAUGAGCCUUGACAUCAUCAAAGAACGAGCUCUGUGAGCCCCAAAAAUUCAUAUCAUAUCAUUAUUCUAAAUGAACCACUGCAUCUUUAUUUAUACCUAAAUUGUUUUGUAUGUUAAAGCUUGUUUAAUUUGUAUCAUUGACAUUUCCAUUUCCCUUUGGAUAUUUCUGCUCUUUGCAAACAGUUUGUGUGGAUUUAUGUCUUAAAAUUAUUAUUGUUUUUUUCUUUC